AUGGACGAGAGCCGAUGGCUGUCUAAAAAUCUGACCAAAUCAUCGUUACCCACAUUGGUUAGCUUCAAUCAACUAACCGAUGGCCAUAAAGCUCAACAUGAGAAGAACGCUAGCAACGAAGCAACAAAGAUCAAGUCUUAUCAUCACAUCAUCGAGCUUAAUCAAAGAGACAUAGAGAGAGAGCUACGACCACUGGUUACGUACACCGAAAGAUCCAAGGACAGAAAGACAUUUGGCCAAUACACUUUAGUCAGAAGGAUCGGUAGAGGCCAGUAUGGAGAUGCCUAUAUGGCACAAGCGUCCAACGGUGAUAGCGUAGCUGUUAAAUGCAUCUCCAAAAGACCUAAAAACCCUCAGCAAUAUUCCAUGAACCAGGUAAUGCGACACAUACGGCGUCAGCAAUCUUUGGGCAGGAAAAUUGAUAGCAGUGACGAGGCAGUUUUAGAGAUGAAUAUUCAUAAGAUACGAUGGGAAGUAUUCGUGACCUGUCGUUUGAAACAUAGCAAUAUCUUGAGCGUUGCGGCAUGUCUAGAUUCUCCUCAAAGUCCAGAUAUAUGGGUAGUGUCGCCGUGGGCCACAUUGGGAGAACUGAGAUGGAAGCGGCGCUCUAAGCAAGAUUCUAUAGAUCAAUGGGACUACCUCUUACGACGCAAAACAAAUGCAGAAGAGCUCGCAGAAUACGUCUUAAACAGCUUGUGCAAGGGUUUAAUGUAUUUAUCCGAAAAAGGCUGCGUGCACAGGGAUAUCAAGCCCUCAAACAUUUUGGUAGAUGGCGCGACGGCCAAUAUCAUGAUCGCGGACUUUGGAAGCUCUUUAAUGAUACCAACUGAGCUUCCUUUCCGCGAGAAUCAGAUGACAGUAGCAUACCAAGAAGAAGUUCGCAAGAUCGCUGGAACGCCAGCUUUCACGGCUCCUGAGUUGUGCAACUUUAACGAAAAGGACCUGGUUAUCAAUGGGUUCCAGCUGGACAUUUGGUCUUUAGGUGUUACCAUUUACUGUUUACUAGAAAAUGUGCUUCCAUUUAGCGGUGAAAACGAGUUCGAGACUUUCCAAAAAAUUGUAAGGGAUACGAUACCACAUUCCAACGACUGGAUACAUGACUUGGUUGUCUCGAAGCUUUUGGAGAAAAAUCCGGUGAAGAGGUUGACUGUUCAAGACCUCUUCAGAAUACUGCAUAACCAUAAGAAAGAGAAAGGGUUGAAACGCUUCGUAUCCAAGUUCAGAAAGCUAAACUUGAAGGGAAAAAUUAAUAAGAAAGUCGAUGAAGGCUACCAAAAUAAUCAAUGGGAGUCUAUGCCCAAUACUAUGUUUGAAGAAAUUGAUUCAGACCUCUCUUCCAAAGAAGACUCCUUCGACGAACCGAUUCUUGUUCCAGACUUUGUGAGUGGUGCCAAGUCUACGACAAAUGCGUCCAUUACAGAGAUAGGUGAAAAGGAACACCCACAAUUUCAGGAGGUCAGUCCAUCUGGAAGCUUUCUUCAAACCAGCCAACUACAAUUACAGUCAACUCCUGAACCCCCAAUGAGUGACACAAGCCUGUCGCCGAUCAAAAUAGACACUCCGCUCAAGAACUUAAUCAGAACACAAAAUACACCGGAGAAAGAUUCCCCACAUGAUAAAAUUCGAAGUUCUAAUUCAGAACGUUUUUCGCCUGUUCCGGCAAACACGAAUAUACUUGCCUCGCAAGGCACCUUGAACAUUACGAAAUAUUUACAGUCGCCUAAGAAGAUGGACGGAGUUGAAGCUAAGGACUCGAGAACUUCAUACCGAAAUACCUAUUCAGCUGAAGAUAUCCGCAGAUAUCUCAAAUUUGCCGAAAGCUAA